CAAAUAAAUAUGGUUUAACACCAUUUGAAGAAGCUCGAACUGAAGAGACAAAAGAUCUUUUUCGACGAAUAAAUACUAGACAUUCAUUUAUCGGAAAUCUAGAUGAUGCUGAUUAUAUUGAAUGGGUAAUUGCAGAUACUGACUUAGUAAAAGAAUGUGAUCACUUCAGAAACGGUACCGAUUCGUUGAAAAGAUAUGACUAUUUAGCAACACGAGAACUAUUAGUUGAAAUCAUCAGUUAUUAUAUUAAAGAAUAUCUGGUACAAAACGAAGGCUUGUCUGAUGCACAGAUAAAAGAGAUUGAAUAUAACUUUACAGAAGCACUUCACCAACGAGAUAUUAUUCAUUAUCUUAUUAUAGCGUAUACAUCACCAACAGCACACUUUCAUAAAAUUCUUAAUAAACAUUUGGCAAAGUACCUGAUGGAUUAUUUCGAUCAGAAGAUUAAUUUUAGACCUAAUUAUCGGCUCAUCAACUGUCUAAAAAACAUAGUAGCUCUACUCAUACAUCACCCAGAUUUUAUCAAUCAUCAUUUCAUCGGAAUAACAUAUCGUGGAAUGUUAAUGACUGAAAACGAUCUUGAGAAGUAUCAAACUGGUAGUCAAAUAAUGAAUCGAACGUUUCUAUCUACAUCGAAAAAGCUAACAGUUGCAGAGUUCUUUGCUGGGGAAGGACAACAAAAUAGUUUGCGGAAAACACCUGAUAGAACGCACAUUCAAAUAUCAGUAGUGUGUAAAUACAAAAUCAAAAAUACCCGUACCGCUCUCGAUAUUGAAUUGAUGUCGAGUAUUCCAGAUGAACAAGAAGUGUUAAUUACACCAUUUGCAACAUUUAACGUUACUAAUGUGAAACGGCAUGAUCCAACAACUAAUCCAUCUGUUUUAGUUGAAAUAGAGUUAGUAGAAUAUGAGUCAGUUUGUGAACCUACUUACUUGUGUGAACUGAUUCGGCAUCAGCAUAAACAAUAUUCUCGGAUUGAACGGUUAAUGAAUCCAUCAAAAUCUUUCCCAAUUGAACAAAGCUACAUUAAUUUAGCUAUAGUAGAAAUCAAAGAACAACAAAAGAAAUUUGACAAAAGUCAAGUUCUAUGGCUUUUGGAUGGCUAUGAUGAAAUUGUACAAAAUGUACCAGCCCAUCUGGAAUAUUUAAUCGAGCAGUUACUUAACACUCCACACCACAUCUUGACCUCUCGUCCAUAUUUAAAUAAGUUAUCAUAUGCUGUGGUAAUGGAAAUUACAGGUUUUACGGAUGAUAAUAUAGCGAAUGCAUGUUCCUUGAUUUCAACAUUACCACUUACAAAACCUCAUCUUAACCUCAUUUAUUCACUGAUCACCGCGCUUCGUGACGAGAGUGAGUAUGUCAGAUGGCGCGCAUGUAAAGCUCUCGGCAACAUUGAUGACAAAGCAGCAACUUCUGAAGUGAUUUAUUCACUGAUCACAGCGCUUCGUGACGAGAGUGAGUAUGUCAGAUGGGGCACAUGUACAGCUCUCGGGAACAUUGGUACCAAAGCAGCAACUUCUGAAGUGGUUAGAGCACUACUCACUGCACUUGGUGAGCAGAGUGAGAAUGUCAGAUCUUCUGCAUGUGAAGCUCUCGGGAACAUUGGUGACAAAGCAGCAAAUUCUGAAGUGAUUAGAGCACUGAUCACUGCAUUUGGUGAUGAGCAUGCGGUUGUCAGAUCUUCUGCAUGUGAAGCUCUCGGGAACAUGGGUGACAAAGUAGCAAAUUGUGAAGUGAUUAGAGCACUGGUCACUGCACUUGGUGAUCAGAGUGAGGAUGUCAGAUAUUCUGCAUGUGAAGCUCUCGGGAGGAUUAGUCGCAAAACAGCAACCUCUGAAGUGAUUAGAGCACUGAUCACUGCACUUGGUAAUGCACAUGAGGAUGUCAGAUGGCGCGUAUGUGGAGCUCUCUUGGACAUUGUUCGCAAAACAGCAACUUUUGAAGUGAUUAGAACACUUGGUGAUAAGUAUGCAACUGUCAGAUGGCGCGCAUGUGAAGCUCUCGGGAACAUGGGUGACAAAGCAGCAACUUCUGAAGUUAUUAGAGCACUACUCACUGCACUUGGUGAUGAGAGUAAGAAUAUCAGAUACUGCGCAUGUGAAGCUCUCCUGUACAUGGGCGCAGACGCAGCAACUUCUGAAGUGAUUAGAGCACUGCUCACUGCACUUGGUGAUCAGAGUAAGGAUGUCAGAUCUUCUGCAUGUGAAGCUCUCGAGAACAUUGAUGACAAAGCAGCAACUUCUGAAGUGAUUAGAGCACUGGUCACUGCACUCGCAACUUCUGAAGUGGUUAGAGCACUACUCACUGCACUUGGUGAUCAGAGUGAGGAUGUCAGAUCUUCUGCAUGUGAAGCUCUCGGGAACAUGGGUGACAAAGCAGCAACUUCUGAAGUUAUUAGAGCACUACUCACUGCACUUGGUGAUGAGAGUAAGAAUAUCAGAUACUGCGCAUGUGAAGCUCUCCUGUACAUGGGCGCAGACGCAGCAACUUCUGAAGUGAUUAGAGCACUGCUCACUGCACUUGGUGAUCAGAGUAAGGAUGUCAGAUCUUCUGCAUGUGAAGCUCUCGAGAACAUUGAUGACAAAGCAGCAACUUCUGAAGUGAUUAGAGCACUGGUCACUGCACUCGUUGAUGAUGAGCAAGCGGAUGGCAGAUCUUCUGCACGUGGCGUUCUCGUGAAAGUUGAUGAAAAAGCAUCGAUUAACGAUAUGACGAUCGGAUUACAAUACCUACUUACUGUUGAUAGGUCCGGUCUUAAAGAGAAUAUUGCUGAAGUGGUUAAGGAAGCUUCGAUUUUUGAGUCGGCGAUGCGAUGGGUGGGUUCAGAUGGUGUUUCGAAGAUUUUCGUGAACGAGCAGCAUUUUCAUUAUCUAAAAACUCUUUCUGUAGAGCAACUCAUCAGCGGGUUUUUCCAUACUGAAAAUGUUGACUGGCUUCCUGUUAUAACCGUUGCUGCACUUGUGCAGGGAAGUGCAGUGACCGUUACUGGAAAGAAUAUUGUAGUAUUUGGUAGCAAAGAAUCAGCGGUGGUGGACGUUUUGAGUUUAAAUCAUAGAAAAUUGAGUCAGAGAUUAGUUGAAGCUUUUGUUGAUCAAGCAAGAAGACUUGACUUAUCUUGA